GUGACAACUCCCUGCAGAAGCUGUCACCUUGUUCCUCUACGAGCUUCAAUCACUUAGCCUUGGGUCACUUCACAGUCUAUUGGGAGAGCAAACGGACUACUUCACCAUGGACGAACACAAAAAGUAUCUGGCGGACCAGAUCCUGAGUGAGGAGAAAAUUGUCACAUAUCGGAGCCUCAGCAGGGCACUCAAAGUCCAUGUCAACACAGCAAAGGGAAUGCUCUAUGACUUCCAUCGUUCACAAAACGGAAUGCGCCCUGGUACAAUCCAUGCAACCUAUCUGAUCUACGGUACUCAGACAGUACAAAAGGUCCAAGAUGAUGGCGAUGUUGAGAUGACCAGUUUGCCCCCUGAUGUCGAAGCUUCCGAAGAUGUUGUCACCCACUCCAUGUCCCUUGUCCCUGGCGACCUCCUGAAGGGUAAUUGGAACACUCAUGUCUUUCCUCUUGCUGUUACUGAUCUUUCUUUAGAGACUCUAGCCACUUACGAAGAGGUUUCCUCAUUCCAUAUCUACAGUCUGGCGAGACAUCCCACCAGGGAUCUGCAACUCCUAGCAGACGUUCAUCAACAAAUCAAGGAACAAGCGACGAAUGAGAGCGCAUCCAUGGCAGAGACAUAUGGCACCAUCACCAACCCCAAUGUCCGCAAGCGUACCCGCCAGGGCAGAGGGCCUGUACCUACACCUGCUGCCGCGGCACCAGCGGCCAAGCCCAUCAAGAAGGAAGCAGCACCAUCUGCAGCCAAGCCCGCAGCCCCUGAACCCAAGACAGAGGUGCCUGUCAAGCAGGAGACCAAGACGGAAACCAAAGAAACCCCCACUUCCACCGCAACAACGAAGAAGGGCGCGGCACCACCAGCGUUGAAGAAGAGUGGAUCGUCUGGUAUUUCAGGAAUGUUCGCCAAAGCCGCAGCCAAGGCAGCAAGCAAGCCGAAAGAGGCCCCGAAACCAGCACCCGUCGAGACACCCGUAUUAUCUGAUGAUGGCGAGGAUGACGACGAGGACAUUCCCGCAGCAAAGGCCCCGGCCAACUCUGGAAGAAAGUCACGAAAGGACCGCGAGGCUGAGCUGAAGAUGAUGAUGGAGGAGAGCGAGGAAGACGAAGAGCCCGAAGAGAAAGAUGAGGAGGGGCCGAUGGAUGAGCCGAUGGAGGAGGCUCCCGAGCCGGAAGCGAAGCCCGAACCAGCGGAAGUCGUCUCUAGCGCCGGCGACGGCCGCAGGCGUGGCAAGCGGAGAGUCAUGAAGAAGAAGCAGAUCAUGGACGAUCAGGGCUACCUCGUUACUAUUCAGGAACCUACUUGGGAAGAGUUCUCUGAAGACGAGGCACCCCCGCCGCCCGCAAAGGUGGCCAAGACUUCAUCUGCGCCAAGUUCAGGAAGCCAAGCUGCGAAGCCGAAGAAGCCUGCUCCCAAGGGACAAGGCAACAUCAUGUCCUUCUUCUCCAAGAAGUGAUUGCUGUGGGAUUCGUUGGGGAUUAAUAUUUUAAGGCAUGAUUGACACGUUGCAUGAGGAACGGAAGGGAAGCGCCGUCUAAUAGAACAGCCAUGGAGUCUCAGAGUAAAUCAAGCUGUCACAUGCAGAUAUCCGCGACUUGUUCAACAAUUGUGCUACCAAUAGACUUGAUGUUGACUUGAA